UUUUUCUUGAUCCAAAGUAUGAAGGUGAGCAGGAACAGAUACAGAGCAAUGGAAUAUCAUCCAUCACCACCAGGGUUGACCACACGAACCGACGAACCCGCAUUUUUUGCACCGGCGUUUGGAGCUUCCUUCUUGGGAAUUAUACGCAUUUCUUUACAAUUAGAUUUAAAGUACAACUCUUACACUUUGCCUUUGAUCUUUUUCUUGGACGGGAUGGGAAUUAGGUGGUGAUUGGCGUUGCCUCUUACCCCAACCCUCGAUAGACAG